AGCAACUAUAUAUCAAUAAGUGGUACAGUUGAAUAAAUAUAAAUGUUGAUCCCCAUAAUUAUAUUAGUAGCAAAUAGCAUAGGCUACCAAUCAUAUCAACCAUUUAAUGCUUCAGAUCAUUGGUUCUUCCCAUGCCACAAUUAUAUAUACCUUAUCACUUACCACCUCAAACACUCACUGCACUUUUAAUCAUCUCUCUCUCUCUAUAUAUCUCUUUCUCUCUCUCUCUCUCUCCCUCUCCAUCUUGCAGGAAACUAUGAAGUCAAGAUUUCUCAGAGGGUGUCUGAACAAGUGCAAGAAAAUGUGCCUGAACAAGUGCAUAUCUUGUGAGGAAUGCUGUGAACGGGCUUGGUGGUGUUGUUUGCAUGAAGGUUGUUCAGAUAUUCCAAGUGAUGUUCCAAAGGGUCACUUGGUUGUGUAUGUGGGAGAGAAGCACAAGAGAUAUGUGAUCAAGAUUGGUUUGCUCCAUCAUCCCCUCUUCAGGGCGUUGUUGGAUCAAGCUCAGGAAGAGUACGAUUUCAUUGCUGACUCAAAACUCUGCAUUCCCUGCGAUGAACACCUCUUUCUCAGUGUCCUUCGAUGUGCUACCUCCCCACAGAACCAACCAGUCUGUCUGUGUCUCUGAGAAACAGAAAUCGCUUCUGAAACAUUCUUUAGUUUCCAUGUUGUUCAAAUUCUUAGUUCUAACCAUGUUCAUAUAAUAUCAGUAGCCACCUUAUAUAUCAUAAUGUGUUGUAAGUAGGUUGGGGCACGAUUAAGUGUCAUCAUUUAGCUCACUGAUGUCAUUAUUCUUCGUCAAUUCAAGAAGAGAGAGUGUUCUUCUAGUCCUUAUUCGCAUAAAUUUUCCAACAUGUCUUGUAGAAAAAAAUAAAAUAAAAUUAAGUUUAAUUCA